AUGCCAAGCGCAGUAGCAUCCCCCACCCCCCCAUCUGCCGACAAGGUGGCUCUGGAGCGAUUCAUCCACCAGACAGAUGCGAGCCCUGUCGAUCGCCAGCUGCUGGAGCGCUUCGAACGACUGACCGGCCAGCGCCCCCACCGCUUCCUGCGUCGCGGCAUGGUGUUCAGCCAUCGCGACCUGGACUUGAUCCUCGACCGAUACGAGCGGGGCGAGCCGUUUUACCUGUUCACAGGCCGGGGCCCUAGCAGCGAGAGUCUCCACUUGGGCCACUCCAUCCCCUUGGAAUUCACUCAAUGGCUCCAAAGGGUCUUUCGCGUCCCGCUGAUCCUGAUGUUAACCGACGACAUGAAGCUGCUACACUCCCCCUCCCUCAAGUUCCCCGACGUCCGAUGGUUCACCGUCGAGAACGCCAAGGAUAUGCUUGCCUUCGGCUUCAACCCUGACUCGACCUUCAUGUUCUCCAACCUCGACUUCGUCGGCGGGCCCUUCUACGAAAACAUCAUCGCUGUCGCGCGCCACAUUCGCGUCGAGGACGUCAAGGACGCGCUUGGCUUCACCGACGCAAACAACGUCGGCAUGCUCUACUGCUGCUCGACUCAGUCUGCGGGCGCCUUCGCCCACUCCUUCCCUGGGAUUCUGGGGGAAGACAGAGAGAAACUGCGCGACAUCGCGUGUUUGAUCCCCUGCGCCUAUGACAUCGAUGGGUAUUUCCGUGAGGUGCGCAAGCACGCAGAGACACUGGGGUUUAUACGCCCUGCGUUCCUGUAUUCCGGUCUGUUGCCUGCCUUGCAAGGUGCAGCGGAGAAGAUGUCCGCGUCGGUCGCGAACUCGGCAAUCUAUCUGCGCGACUCGCUGGAGGUCAUCCGGGAGAAACUGACCGCUGAGUCGGCCGUCGAUCCGGAUGUAGUGCUGCAGUACCUGCAGCUUUUCUUGGACGAUGAUGACCUGCUGGCGAGCGUCACGCAGGAGUAUGGCGACGGGCAAAAGAAUGCUUCCGACCUCAGGGAGCUGCUGGUUGACGUGGUUCAGCAACAGGCGACACGAUUUCAAAAAGGUCGUGCUACGGUAACGGACGAGGUGUUGAAGGGGUUUAUGCAGCGGAGGUUGUUGGUUUAAGUUGGGAUGAGUGUUCUUAGGUAAUGGAUAAUGUGGUAUAAGCGUG